AUGGUGGAAGCUAAUGAAAGUCCAGCGAGUGAGAAGGCCUUGACCACUGUACAGGGGCUGGACUAUCCGUCUGGUAUCCGGUUGGCCGUCAUUAUAGUGGCCUUAGUGCUUACAAUGUUUAUGGUGGCUUUGGAUAUGACAAUUGUUGCGACAGCGAUCCCACGUAUUACCGAUGAAUUUCACAGCCUCGACCAAGUGGGCUGGUACGGUUCCGCUUUCUUCCUGACAUUGGCCACUUUUCAAUCAACGUGGGGCAAGCUAUACAAGUUCUGGGAUCUGAAGUUCGCCUUUCUUGCGGCAGGAGCGUUGUUUGAAAUCGGUAGUUUGAUUUGUGGUGUUGCUCCAAAUAGCACGGCUUUGAUAGUGGGCCGUGCUAUUGCGGGCUGGGGCGCCGCCGGCCUAGUUGGGGGCUGCUACACCGUGAUUGCGUUUGUGGCACCGCCUUCCAAGGCUCCAAGAUACACUGGACUGAUUGGGACUUCCUAUGCUACGGCCAGUGUGGCCGGGCCGUUACUGGGAGGAGCAUUUACCGAUGGCGCCACUUGGCGAUGGUGCUUCUACAUCAACUUGCCUAUCGGGGGAAUUUCACUAGCAAUUCUGGCGUUUUUCUUCCGCCCUCCGUCCCAUGCACGGCCUGUCGCUGCGCCCUUGCGAGAAAAACUCCAACAGCUUGACCUGAUUGGGGCAGCAUUGACCAUCGGUGCUCUUGUCUGCUUUUUACUGGUCAUGCAAUGGGGCGGAAUAACUAUGCCAUGGAACUCUGCGAAUGUUAUUGGUCUUUUAGUAGGCUUCGGUCUACUAACUCUAGCUCUUGUGGCCAGCCAAUUUCUUCAAGGAGAGCGAGCAGCCUUGGCUCCACGUUUGAUACGCCCUCGAGUGAUUUAUGGUGUCUGUGUGUUUGUAUUUUUCCAAUCUGGCGCCAACUUUCUUUUCACGUAUUACCUCCCGAUUUACUUCCAGGCUAUUGAUGGAAUGAGCGCAGCGGCAAGUGGUACACGUAACUUGCCAUUUAUCGUGCUUUCCGCGAUAUUUGCCGCAGUAGCUGGUAUUGCUAUUACACGCGUUGGAUACUUCACGGCUUUUCUGGCUCUUGGUAGUGCAGUGUUUCUAAUAGGCUCUGGUCUUAUCUAUACACUUGACAUUGGCAGCUCUGCUUCAAAGUACAUCGGAUAUCAGGUGCUCCUGGGUCUAGGACAGGGAUUGGCUAUUCAAAUUCCGGUCAUUGUCGGACAGGCCUUCUCCAUGAUGGACGAUAUUGCGCCUGUGACUGCGAUUGUUUUGUUUUUCCAAAUGAUGGGAGGAGCAGUAUUUAUAUCAGCUGCUGAGUCUGUAUUUUCUAACCGAUUGUUACCUGCCCUUGCAGAGUAUGCCCCGACUGUCGAUGCUGCACGAGUGCUUUCCAUCGGUGCUACUGGACUUCGCAGCGAAUUCUCAACGGGUGAUUUACCCGGUAUUCUUCAGGCCUACAUGGUAGCUCUUCAAGAUGUAUUUCUUUUCGGGACAGUGACUGCCGCGUGUGCAUUUGUAGCCAGCUGGCUGGCACCUCCCCGAAGCAUUCUACACGGAAAUCGAGGAUCUACGACGAUUAUUGCAGCAUAA